CAUCGUGCGAAAAGUCAUCGCUCAUACAUGCAGAGGUGGUGUCGUGUUGUAAAAUAGUGCACUGAAUAUAGAUGUCACAGCUUUGAUAGCGUCAUACACUGCACUGUACGUGUUGUAUGAAACUGCGGUGUCUGUCAUGGGGCGCUUGCAACAGCUCUUUUAUUUGGUUAAUACUGGAGUCUUGUGAUACAUUAACUUAUGUCAACAUAGAAAUUCUAACAACUCUUCUCUCCAGUGUUCUUCCGGACUACAAAUUAGAGAGUUAUCGGUGGUACUUGGAGGUGCGGGUCGUGUCUGGGUGGUUCGUUGGCUCCAGCGCCUAACGUGUUUAGUUCAAAACACAGGAGCGCCUCAGCAGAGGCAGAGGAGGCAGAAGUCAAAGCAGGACCAGUGACAUGAUCUCCCAUUGUAGUUUUUCGUUCUUGUGAACGAGCAACAUGCUCCGUGUCAUUUGGAGUCAGCAUGCAUAAGGCUCGUUACCUCGUCUUUUUUCAAUACAUAGGAACAAAAUACUGUGGUGCAGUGAAAGUCCCUCCACAUCAGCUGGGGAAGAAAGGGGUCCAGGACCACUUGGAGAAUGCAAUCCAGAGACUGAGGCCAGACAAUCCUGUAUCUCUGUCAGUCUCCAGCAGGACGGACACGGGUGUUCAUGCACUCUCUAACUCGGCACACUUUGACCUCCGACGUAAGAACGAUAAGCUGCCGUUCACCGAAGAUAUUCUUGUUCAGGCGCUCAAUUACCACCUCAGGACAGAGCAAAUCAGAUUCUGCCUCAAAUUUCCACUUUCAUCAUCUUUUAGCGUCAGCAUCUGCGCGAUCACUCGUGCCCACCGUGUUCCUCAUGACUUCCAUGCUCGCUUCUGUGCUCAGUCUCGGACCUACGUCUACCGAAUAGCGUUGGGAAUCUCCCACCACUCUCUUCUUCCCAUCACAGACUGCGAUUUGUGCUGGAGCCUCCGCAACACGGAGUUGAACAUGGAUGCUAUGCACGAGGCAGCUGCCCUGCUGGUUGGGACUCAUGAUUUCAGCAGCUUCAGGGCUGUCAACUCUGACAUGCCUUUCAAAAACCCUGUGAAGACACUGGAUGUGGUCACCAUACAGCCAGGAAACUCCUUUGCACAUGCUCACUUUCACAGAGAAAUGCCAUUCUGGGAGCUGACUUUUACAAGUAAAUCUUUUCUAUAUAAGCAGGUGCGGAGGUUGACGGGGGCAAUGGUGGCAGUAGGCCAGGGGCUGCUCUCAGUAGCCCAGCUCAAAAAACUACUGGAGGCUCGAGACUCUCUGGCCUACCCACAGGGUAUGGCUGCUCCAGCCCACGGCCUCUUCCUCACCAGAGUGGACUAUAGGGACACAGACCUGCAGCUGUCAGAGGAGCCACUGCCCUCCACCAGGCACUCAGAGGAUUAAUGCUACUAGAAUAAUUUCAUUUGGUUUUGUGUAUUUCCACAUUACUUUCCAAAAUAAAUGUAAAAAUUUGUGAUUUA